GGGGCGGGGCCGCGGCUCGGGUUUAAUGAGACUCCAUUGGGCUGUAAUCAGUGUCAUGUCGGAUUCAUGUCAACGACAACAACAGGGGGACACAAAAUGGCGGCGGCUUAGCUCCUACCCCUGGCGGCGGCGGCAGCGGUGGCGGAGGCGACGGCACCUCCUCCAGGCGGCAGCCGCGGCUUCUUUCUCAGGCAGCGGCAGCGCCCCCGGCAGGCGCGGUGGCGGUGGCGCGCGGCCAGAUUUGCGUGAAGAUCUGGACAAUCCUCUUUUUUGUCAUGGACUGUUAAUACAUUUGGAGUUCCAAUUCUGGUCUUGAUUUCCUUGUGAAAGAUGUUCUUCGCCCGAAUGCAGUCUUUCCCGUUGGUCAAAUAGACAUCUAUCAACAUUGCCCGUGUGUCCUGUUUUUAAUCUCUUAAGGAUGGAUGUUUGUGAGGUUUUGCUUAAUAAGAUCUGGAAUAUUCUGCCCAUUUGUUGAGUUGUAAAUGACUUUUAAAUGUUCAAGUUCUGUUAAAUACAAGGAGAACCUCUAUGGGUAAUUUUGGUAUUGAAGAAGUCAUUUGUCAACCAUGGUAAAACUUGCAAACCCACUUUAUACAGAGUGGAUUCUUGAAGCUAUACAGAAGAUAAAAAAGCAAAAGCAAAGACCCUCUGAAGAGAGAAUUUGCCAUGCAGUCAGCACUUCCCACGGGUUGGAUAAGAAGACAGUCUCUGAGCAGCUGGAACUCAGUGUUCAGGAUGGCUCAGUUCUCAAAGUCACCAACAAAGGCCUUGCCUCCUAUAAGGACCCAGACAACCCUGGGCGUUUUUCAUCAGUUAAACCAGGCACUUUUCCUAAGUCAACCAAGGGAUCUAGGGGAUCAUGCAAUGAUCUCCGGAAUGUGGAUUGGAAUAAACUUUUAAGGAGAGCAAUUGAAGGACUUGAGGAGCCAAAUGGCUCCUCCCUGAAGAACAUCGAGAAGUAUCUCAGAAGUCAAAGUGAUCUCACAAGCACCACCAACAACCCAGCCUUUCAGCAGCGGCUGCGACUAGGAGCCAAACGUGCAGUGAACAACGGGAGGUUACUGAAAGAUGGACCGCAGUACAGGGUCAAUUAUGGGAGCUUAGAUGGCAAAGGGGCUCCCAAAUAUCCCAGUGCUUUCCCAUCCUCGCUACCACCUGUCAGCCUUCUACCCCAUGAGAAAGACCAGCCCCGUGCUGAUCCCAUUCCGAUAUGUAGCUUCUGUUUGGGGACUAAGGAAUCAAAUCGUGAAAAGAAACCAGAAGAACUCCUCUCUUGUGCAGAUUGUGGCAGUAGCGGACACCCAUCCUGUCUGAAAUUUUGUCCUGAAUUAACAACAAAUGUAAAGGCCUUAAGGUGGCAGUGCAUCGAAUGCAAGACCUGCAGUGCAUGUAGAAUCCAAGGCAAAAAUGCAGAUAAUAUGCUUUUUUGUGACUCCUGUGACAGAGGAUUCCAUAUGGAGUGCUGUGACCCCCCACUUUCCAGAAUGCCAAAAGGGAUGUGGAUUUGCCAAGUCUGCAGACCAAAGAAAAAGGGAAGAAAACUACUUCAUGAGAAAGCUGCACAAAUAAAACGACGAUAUGCAAAACCCAUUGGACGACCGAAAAAUAAAUUAAAGCAACGAUUGUUGUCUGUAACCAGUGAUGAAGGAUCCAUGAAUGCAUUCACAGGAAGGGGGUCACCUGGUAGGGGUCAAAAGACUAAAGUCUGUACCACACCUUCAUCUGGUCAUGCUGCAUCUGGGAAGGACUCAAGCAGCAGAUUGGCUGUUACAGACCCCACUCGGCCUGGUGCCACCACCAAAAUCACCACCACCUCCACCUACAUUUCUGCCUCUACACUUAAAGUUAACAAGAAAACCAAAGGGCUCAUUGAUGGCCUUACUAAGUUUUUUACACCAUCACCUGAUGGUCGCAGAUCACGAGGUGAAAUAAUAGACUUUUCAAAGCACUAUCGUCCAAGGAAAAAGGUCUCUCAGAAACAGUCAUGCACUUCUCAUGUGUUGGCUACAGGUACCACACAAAAGCUAAAACCUCCACCUUCUUCACUUCCACCCCCAACCCCCAUCUCUGGUCAGAGCCCCAGUUCACAAAAGUCCAGCACUUCCACUUCUUCUACCUCUCCCCAGAGUUCUUCUAGCCAGUCCAGUGUGCCCUCUUUUAGCAGUCUUACUAAGAACAGCCAGCUGAAGGCACUCUUUGAUGGACUUUCUCAUAUCUAUACCACUCAGGGACAGUCUCGGAAAAAGGGACACCCAAGUUAUGCACCACCCAAACGUAUGCGUCGUAAAACUGAAUUAUCUUCCACGGCAAAAUCUAGAGCCCAUUUCUUUGGAAAAAGAGAUAUUAGGAGUAGGUUUAUUGCUCACUCCUCCUCCUCUAGCUGGGGGAUGGCUAGAGGACGUAUUUUUAAAGCAAUUGCUCACUUCAAGCGAACAACUUUCCUUAAAAAGCACAGGAUGCUAGGCAGAUUAAAAUAUAAAGUGACCCCUCAGAUGGGGACCCCCUCACCAGGGAAGGGGAGCUUGACAGACGGAAGGAUUAAACCUGAUCAGGAUGAUGAUACUGAAAUCAAAAUAAGCAUCAAACAAGAAAGUACAGAUAUAAAUGUGAUUGGAAACAAGGAUACCGUUACAGAAGAGGAUUUGGAUGUUUUUAAGCAGGCCCAGGAACUUUCUUGGGAGAAAAUAGAGUGUGAAAGUGGAGUGGAAGACUGUGGCCGGUACCCUUCUGUAAUAGAAUUCGGGAAAUACGAAAUCCAAACCUGGUAUUCCUCGCCUUACCCACAGGAAUAUGCAAGAUUACCAAAGCUUUACCUGUGUGAAUUCUGUCUUAAAUAUAUGAAAAGUAAAAAUAUUUUAUUAAGACACUCAAAGAAAUGUGGAUGGUUUCAUCCUCCAGCAAAUGAAAUUUACCGAAGGAGAGACCUUUCAGUAUUUGAGGUUGAUGGGAAUAUGAGCAAAAUUUAUUGCCAAAACCUUUGCUUGUUAGCCAAGCUCUUCCUGGACCACAAAACGUUGUAUUAUGAUGUCGAGCCAUUCCUUUUUUAUGUCCUUACAAAAAAUGAUGAAAAGGGCUGUCAUCUGGUUGGAUACUUCUCUAAGGAAAAGCUUUGCCAGCAGAAGUAUAAUGUCUCCUGCAUAAUGAUCAUGCCCCAGCACCAAAGGCAAGGAUUUGGACGGUUUCUCAUUGAUUUCAGCUAUUUGCUUUCUAGAAGAGAAGGCCAGGCAGGGUCUCCUGAAAAGCCACUCUCUGAUCUGGGCCGCCUCUCCUACCUGGCCUACUGGAAGAGCGUCAUCUUAGAAUAUCUCUACCACCACCAGGAGAGGCACAUCAGCAUCAAAGCCAUCAGCAGAGCUACGGGCAUGUGCCCACAUGACAUUGCCACUACUCUGCAGCACCUCCAUAUGAUUGACAAAAGGGAUGGCAGAUUUGUCAUCAUUAGAAGGGAAAAGUUGAUAUUGGGCCACAUGGAAAAGCUGAAAACCUGUUCCCGGACCAAUGAACUUGAUCCAGAAAGCCUAAGGUGGACCCCAAUUUUAAUUUCUAAUGCUGCAGUUUCUGAAGAAGAGCGAGAAGCUGAGAAAGAGGCUGAGCGCUUAAUGGAACAAGCUAGCUGCUGGGAAAAGGAGGAGCAAGAAAUCCUGUCCUCUAGAGCGAACAGUAGGCAAUCACCUGCAAAAGUACAAUCGAAAAAUAAAUAUUUGCAUUCCCCGGAGAGCCGGCCAGUGGCAGGGGAGCGAGGGCAGCUGAUGGAGCUGUCUAAGGAGAGCAGUGAAGAAGAGGAGGAAGAGGAGGAGGAAGAGGAAGAAGAAGAGGAGGAGGAAGAGGAAGAAGAGGAAGAAGAAGAAGAAGAAGAAGAAGAAGAAGAAGAAGAAGAAGAAGAAGAAGAAGAAGAAGUAGAAGAAGAAGAAGAAGAAAAUAUUCAGAGUUCUCCUCCGAGAUUGACUAAACCACAAUCAGUUGCCAUAAAGAGAAAGAGGCCUUUUGUGCUAAAGAAGAAAAGGGGCCGUAAACGCAGGAGGAUCAACAGCAGUGUAACAACUGAGACCAUUUCUGAGACGACAGAAGUACUGAAUGAGCCCUUUGACAACUCAGAUGAAGAGAGGCCAAUGCCACACCUGGAGCCUACCUGUGAGAUUGAAGUGGAGGAAGAUGGCGGGAAGCCAGUCCUGAGAAAAACAUUCCAACAUCAGCCUGGGAAGAAAAAACAAACAGAGGAAGAGGAAGAAAAAGACAAUCAUUGUUUUAAGAAUGCUGACCCUUGUAGAAACAAUAUGGAUGAUGAUACAGAUACCUUGAAAGAAGGCAGCAGAGACAAUCCUGAACCUCUAAAGUGCAAACAAGUAUGGCCAAAAGGAACAAAACGUGGUCUAUCUAAGUGGAGGCCGAACAAAGAAAGGAAGACCGGAUUUAAACUGAACCUGUACACCCCGCCAGAAACACCCAUGGAACCUGAUGACCAGAUAACAGUAGAAGAACAGAAGGAGACUCCAGAAGACAAAAGCAGCCCCACUCCCACCAGGAUUGAGGAGGAGGUCAAGGAAGCUAUGGAACCCCUGCUGCCUCGGGAUGAAAACAGAAGGGACGAAACGUGUGCACCUAUAAGUCCGAAUAAAUCGCCAGGUGAAAAAACAGAAGAUGAUGCAAUCAAGCCUGAGGAGGAAGAAGAAGAGGAGGAGGAAGAAGAUGACGAAGAGGAAGAGGAAGAAGAGGAAGAAGAAGAAGAAGAAGAAGAAAAUGUUGCAAAGGACCCAGGUGGUGCUAAAAGUCAAGAAAAAGAAGAACCAGAAGUCUGCCUGGGCAAAGAAGACUCUGUUGCCCUGGACGAUCAUGAAGAGGAGGAGGAAGAGGAUGAAGAGCCGUCUCACAAUGAGGGUCAUGAUGCAGAUGAUGAAGAUGAUAGUCACAUGGAGGGUGCGCAAGCAGAGAAGGAAGACCGGCCAAGAGAAGCCUUCAAAGAAGUACUGGAGAACCAGGAGGCUUUUUUAGACCUUAGUGUCCAGCCUAGCCAUUCGAACUCAGAGGUCUUAAUGGACUGUGGCGUUGACCUUGCAGCUGCUUGUAACGGUGAGCCCAAGGAGCUUGCUGGAGGCACUGACGCUGCGCCUGAAUCGGACGAGGAAUCACCGGAAGAACAGGCACCGAAGCAGGACCAAAAGAGCAGCGAAGGCGUGGAUUCCGAGUUCAAAGAGAGAAAUACCACAACCGUGGAAAUAGACUCUGAGACCGUUCAGGCGGUUCAGUCUUUGACCCAGGAGAACAGUGAGCAGGACGACACGUUUCAGGAUUGCACCGAGACCCAAGAGGCCUGUAGGAGCCUCCAGAACUACACCCAUGCAGACCAAAGUCCACAGAUCGCCACCACUCUGGACGACUGCCAGCAGUCAGACCACAGUAGCCCAGUUUCGUCCGUCCACUCCCAUCCCAGCCAGUCAGUACGUUCUGUCAACAGCCCCAGCGUCCCUGCCCUGGAAAACAGCUAUGCCCAAAUCAGCCCAGAUCAAAGUGCCAUCUCCGUGCCAUCUCUGCAGAACAUGGAAACCAGUCCCAUGAUGGACGUCCCGUCGGUGUCCGAUCAUUCACAGCAAGUUGUGGACAGCGGAUUCAGUGACCUGGGCAGCAUCGAGAGCACAACUGAAAACUAUGAAAACCCGAGUAGCUAUGACUCUACCAUGGGCGGCAGCAUUUGUGGAAACGGUUCCUCCCAGAACAGCUGCUCCUAUAGCAACCUCACCUCGAGCAAUCUGACACAGAGCAGCUGUGCUGUCACCCAGCAGAUGUCCAACAUCAGUGGGAGCUGCAGCAUGCUGCAGCAGACCAGCAUCAGCUCUCCCCCGACCUGCAGCGUCAAGUCUCCCCAAGGCUGUGUGGUGGAGAGGCCUCCCAGCAGCAGCCAGCAGCUGGCCCAGUGCAGCAUGGCUGCUAAUUUCACCCCGCCCAUGCAGCUGCCUGAGAUCCCCGAGACUGGCAACGCCAACAUCGGCCUGUAUGAACGGAUGGGCCAGAGUGAUUUUGGGGCUGGGCACUACCCGCAGCCAUCAGCCACCUUCAGCCUUGCCAAACUACAGCAGUUAACUAAUACACUGAUUGAUCAUUCAUUGCCUUACAGCCAUUCCGCUGCUGUAACUUCCUAUGCAAACAGUGCCUCUUUGUCCACACCACUAAGUAACACAGGGCUUGUUCAGCUUUCCCAGUCUCCGCACUCCGUCCCUGGGGGACCCCAAGCACAAGCUACGAUGACCCCGCCCCCCAACCUGACUCCUCCUCCGAUGAAUCUGCCACCGCCUCUUCUGCAACGGAACAUGGCUGCGUCAAAUAUUGGCAUCUCCCACAGCCAAAGACUGCAAACCCAGAUUGCCAGCAAGGGCCACGUCUCCAUGAGAACCAAAUCGGCAUCUCUGUCACCAGCCGCCGCCACCCAUCAGUCGCAAAUCUAUGGGCGCUCCCAGACUGUAGCCAUGCAGGGUCCUGCACGGACUUUAACGAUGCAGAGAGGCAUGAACAUGAGUGUGAACCUGAUGCCAGCCCCAGCCUACAACGUCAACUCUGUGAACAUGAACAUGAAUACUCUCAAUGCCAUGAAUGGGUACAGCAUGUCCCAGCCGAUGAUGAACAGUGGCUACCACAGCAAUCAUGGCUACAUGAAUCAAACACCCCAAUACCCUAUGCAGAUGCAGAUGGGCAUGAUGGGAACCCAGCCAUAUGCCCAGCAGCCAAUGCAGACCCCACCCCACGGUAACAUGAUGUACACGGCCCCUGGACAUCACGGCUACAUGAACACGGGCAUGUCCAAACAGUCUCUCAAUGGGUCCUACAUGAGAAGGUAGGCAACAGGGGCAGUCACGAGAUCCCCUGGGCAUCACCAUUGGAUCGAAUCUGCACAAAUACCUUCGAAGAGUACGAUUUCAAAACCAGCAAUUGGUGUGAAUGCAAAAACAUUUGUUGGCACCAUUUAUUUAAAAAAAAAAAAAAAAAAAAGCUGUAUGCAGCAGAAAGCCUUAUACAAGUUGUUUUUUCUUUUUUUUUUUUUUUUCCUUUUUCUUUUUUGGUAUCUUUGUUUCUGUUACUUUUAUAUGAAAUUCUCUGCAAAGGAAGGCCUCUCUGGACUACAAUUUGAAGGCAGCCACUUGUUGUGCCUGCUUCCAUUAAAUGAUGUGGAUAUCAAGCCCCACCCCACCAAAUUAUCUGUUUUAAUACUGAACCUGGAACUUUUUUUUUCCCCCUUCCCUGUCCACUCCAUGUAAAUGCCUUUAGCAUUUCAGUUCUUGUAUAUUUUGGUUAAGGUGACACUUGAGCAUGCCGCUAAUGUCUUUGUUAGUGACAGUGCAUUUUGUAGUACUGUACAAGUGUUGUGCUAACAGUAAGCCAUUUCUUAAGUUUUUUGCCUUGAGUAGGGUGCCCUAAUUUGAGGGUUUAAAAAAAAAAACUAUAUUUUUGUUAAUUAUAAAACUGUAAAGAGCUAUAAAAGCUAUUCCCAUUUGGUUAGUCAAAAGGGUUUUAUUGCUCAAUGUUUGGUGUAAAGUUGAGACCCUUUUCCAUUUUGGUGACAGAUUUCUUUGGGGAAAAAAGGCAGCUUUCUGUUUUAUAAAUGCAGACUUCUGUUUAUUGAAUGAAGCAUAUCUCAGUGUUUAUCUGUCAGGUUUUGAAACAUUUCAUAUAUGUCCAAAUACUUGGCAGGAUUUAAAAAAAAAUAGUGAAUUUGGUGUAAAGUUGCUAUUUUAUGGAAAUGCCUCUAACUUUACAUUUUCAUUCCAUCUGUAGAUUUUUCUAUCUUUAUAAAAUAUUGGAGUUAUUUUUUAAGGAAAAAUAGAGAAGUAGCUUGUGAAUAGCUCAAACUAAGCUUACAGAACCGCAUGUAAAAAAGCAAAAAAAAGUUAUUUGUGUCUGUUUAUAUUGCUUCCUUUUUUGUAGCCUUUGUACCUGUACAGGGUGACUGUAAGGGCCAAGCAGGAGAGGCGUAAUCCUUGUAUAAAAUAGGAGCCAGCGACACUCUUGUAUUUAUCUGUUCUCUUUUUAGUCAGUCACUUCAAAAAAAAAAAGAAAAAAAAGAAAAAAAAACAAACAAAAAAAAGCUGUACAUUUUAACAUAAAAUAAAUUAU